AUGAAGCUGAAAUCUGGGUGUUUUCUGCAGUAUUUGUAUUUAGAUGAAGUAUACUGCUUAUUGUCUGUAAAAAAUGCUAAAGCAUUGACAGACUAUUUCCAGCUCCUGGAUGUUCAUAAGAAGAAUGCUCUGAACAAUCUACAGUUUUAUUGCUUUCUGCAUUAUGUGACUGACUUGAAGAAGAAGCAUAUCAUGCUGCUGUUUGACUUACUGGACAGAAAUGUGACGGGGGAGAUAGGCUUUGAUGAGUUCUACAUGCUGGUAUGUCUCCUGUUGGCUCAUGAGAACCACCUUGAGAAACAGUUCAUCUAUCGACAUUCGGGGCCUGCCUUCAGACUGCUGGGCAUAGACGAUGGUCACACAAUUGGUCCUAGGGAGUUUCAAGCCACAGGGUUUCUCUUUAAUAUCAAGAAAGAAGAACUUGUGAAGAUAUUCAAGGACUUUGACAUAUCUGGAGAUGAGCAACUGAACUACAAGGAAUUCAAGAUGUUUGCAAUACUUUGCAUUGACAAGCAACAAGAAAAGGAAAAGGAGAGAAUGAGAAGGAGGAUAACCGGGGGAGUAUGA